AUGGCGAAUCGUUCUUCUUUGGUAGUGGGAUCCUGGUUAAACAGCUACAAUAUAUCUGCCAAAUCCAAAUCCAAAUUCAAAUUCAAAUGUUCAGACAGUAGCAAAGCUCUUGCCGACGCCGAAUCGAAAUUUAUGCAAUCCGCUAAUGCUCAGCUCAACGUCAGGUUCCUGGUGAGGCACGAUCACAACGAAACCCUCGAUUUCUCUGUAAUCUCAACCGAAGGCAACUCUUUCAGACUAUUACACGAGGAUGACGAUGAUCUUCCUCGCAACUUAUUGGCUGUACUCGGAUUUGGAAACUACGUCUAUGACGUUCUUGGAUGUUGCGGCUCAUGGAUUUGGUUGGUAUAUCAGCAAAUUCGUUCCAUGUCCCAGCCACAGCAUCUUCUGUGGGACAUGGAGACGGAUACGUGUAGAUUCCGCUGUUCUCCCUCGGAUUUCCCAAACAUUGAUGAUAGCGUGUGGGCUCACGGCUUCGGGUUUGAUCCUUCAUCUGGGCACUAUAAGCUGGUCAGAUGUUGGAUGGACCAGUUUGGAGAAAAGUACGCUGAGGUGUUUUCCCUGGGAACUAGUUCGUGGAAGGAAGUUCACUGUCCUUAUGGCAUCCACGUGAGAGACUGGGGGUUCCGUCCUAUUCACAUUAAUGGCUUCCACUAUUGGAUAGUUAGGGAUAGUCUUGACGGUUUCGCCAUUAUGUCGUUCGACUUCGCUAAUGACCAGUUUCAUGCUCUUUUCCCUCUACCCAAGAAGGAAAAGUUGUGUAAGUUGGUGCGAGUUGCUCUAGUUGAGUUUGAGGGCUCUCUUGCGGCUAUUUAUUUCGACUCCAAGGUCAAUCCUUUUUUUGAGAUUUGGGCUUGGAAUGCGCGAGGCAGCUUCUGGUCCCUUGUCUCCACAUUCGACCUCCCUGCAGCUGCUGCUCCUCGUGCGGUGCUAAACCUCUACAACAAUGAUAAAUUGUUUCUUGCGGACUGCAAUGGUGACUUGCUGCUUUAUGACCGUGCUACCAGACGGCUGGAGAAUUUCUGUAUCCCUAUCGAUAGAAGAGGGUUUGCGCAGUUUUUCCCUUAUGUCAAGAGCUCUGUUGGUCCUAGCUCCAGCGAUUAA